CGCCGCUCCCCGUGCCGCGAUGCUGUGGCUUUCUCUGGCCCGGGCUCGUUGUCUCAACCGGGCGUUCGGUCGCUCCCUCUGCGCCGUUCAGCAGGGAAGUUGUCCACAGGGGAAAUGUUUGCUCUCUGGUAUUUCUCGAUGCCAGGGAUCAAUUUAUGCCAACAGCAGGAAGCAUUUAGUAAACGGCUCCCGUGUCUUCACUGUCCGUUAUUUCAGAACCACCGCAGCAUGCAGGGAAGAAGUUGUUACAGUAAACACACCAGCAUUUGCAGAAUCAGUCACAGAGGGAGAUGUCAGGUGGGAGAAAGCUGUGGGAGACACAGUAGCAGAGGAUGAAGUGGUGUGUGAGAUAGAAACAGACAAGACAUCUGUGCAGGUUCCAGCUCCGACAGCUGGUGUAAUUGAAGCACUUCUGGUCCCUGAUGGGGGGAAAGUGGAAGGAGGAACACCUCUGUUCAAACUCAGGAAAAGUGGAGCUGCACCUGCUAAGGCAAAACCGGUGGUGGCAGCUCCUUCAGCCCCUGCGCCUGCUGCUGCACCUCCCCCUGCAGCACCAAUUCCCACUACGAUGCCUCCAGUGCCCCCUGUGUCAACACUGCCUAUUGAUUCUAAACCAGUGUCCGCAGUAAAGCCAGCUGCUGCUCCAGCGGCUGCUCCGGCUGUGGAACCUGGGGCCAGCAAAGGUGCCAGAUCGGAGCAGAGGGUGAAAAUGAACAGGAUGCGUCAACGUAUUGCUCAGCGCCUGAAAGAGGCUCAAAAUACAUGUGCCAUGCUGACCACCUUUAAUGAAAUUGACAUGAGUAACAUCCAGGAAAUGAGAGCUCGGCACAAAGAAACCUUCCUGAAGAAGCACAAUCUGAAGCUUGGCUUUAUGUCUGCCUUUGUGAAAGCUGCAGCCUUUGCCUUGCAAGAUCAGCCCAGUGUAAACGCAGUGAUCGAUGACACAACCAAAGAGAUCGUGUACAGGGAAUACGUGGAUAUCAGUGUUGCCGUUGCCACUCCUAGGGGUCUCGUGGUGCCAGUCAUCAGGAAUGUACAAACGAUGAACUUUGCUGAUAUUGAACGAAGCAUCAGUGAGCUGGGAGAGAAGGCUCGCAAAAAUGAGCUUGCCAUUGAAGAUAUGGAUGGUGGCACGUUCACCAUCAGUAAUGGUGGUGUAUUUGGAUCCCUUUUUGGGACACCAAUCAUCAACCCCCCUCAGUCAGCUAUCCUGGGCAUGCAUGGCAUCUUUGAUAGACCUGUUGCUAUUGGAGGCAAAGUUGAGGUGCGACCCAUGAUGUACGUGGCACUGACAUAUGAUCACCGGUUGAUUGACGGCAGAGAGGCGGUGACUUUCCUGCGCAAGAUCAAGGCUGUGGUGGAAGAUCCUCGUGUGCUGCUGCUUGACCUGUAGAGGGCAGCAGCAGCAGUACCCCAUCCAGCAGAGCAAGGAUGCAGCCACCAGC